AUGAACAAGCAGAUCGACAUGACUCAGAGCCUCAGCACUAUGUUUCUGCCGUUCACGACCAUCCCAAACAGACAUAUCAUUACCCGGAACUGGAGGGGGGAGAGGUUGGGCAGAGGGCAAGCGCCCCUGGCAACAAAUUUUAUGGGGGGUAGUUUUAAGUUUGUGCCAAGUUUUAGCAAGUUAAUAAAGAAAACGCCAUCUGUUGGAGUUCAAACAAAAUGUGCCGUCAAAUGUUCGCUCAGUUCUGAAGCUUUUGUCAAGUGGCAGAGCAGAGCUUUUUUCAAGAAAUCAACGAAAAACUUUUCAAAUUUCAGCGUGAGUUACAAGAUACGAAAAAAGGACGACUCGACAUGCAGCUUGUACCACUACGACGAUGUUGAUCUGAGGAAUCAGCUAGUGAGCCGAGAUGAUGAUUCUCUGUACGGCGAUCUCUACAACAGGCAGACGGGCAGCCUUCCAUCACUGGGAGGUCUGGGACUUAAACUGGAUCAACUGCGCUCCGAGCUUCCCUCCUCUUUGAAGAAUGUUUCAGGGAAUACGGAUGAUGAAAAGUCUUUGUAUAACAAACUUUUGGCCAAAAAACUGGCUCUUGAAAAAAAAAUGAUGAGCCAAAUAUUAAGGAGACCACCGAAAUUUGCUGAUGAGUCUUUUGGAAAGAAAGACAAAAAAGAAAAUCCUUAUAAAAAGAAACUCAAAUCAAACAAAGAAAAGUUUUUGAAACUUGUAGCGACGUCACAACCGAACUUUGGACCCUGCCCUGAUAUGCAACACAAAACCUUCGAUUUAGAGGAUCUGUGUGGAGAAAUGUGCAGUAGACAAGCGGGCGAUGAAGAUCACGAAGAAGAUGAAAAAUACGUAGAUGAUGAUUAUAACGCUUACCAGGAUGUUGGGAACGACGACUACAGCAAAAUGUUCUUGGAUGACUACAGAAGACUCGUGCAGUAUGGAGAUCUCAGACCUCUGCUGUGUGAAAUCAUAAGAGCUGCCAGGAACAGUAGAACCACAAAUCUCAAAUUAUUUUUGGCUCGAUAUUUGGAAGCCAAGUUUGACGGAAGGUUGUACAUUGAAAAUCUCUCCGAUGACGAAGAAAAAUCUCACCACAGUUUUGAGUUCCCGAAAAUAACAAAUGAAGAUGAUAACGAUUAUGUCCAAUUUAUCCUUUACGAGUCAUUGAAAAAUUUGCAUUUUUGUCCAGCUCGUAUGGAAGAUCGAACAGUAAAAGCGAAAAUAUCUGACAGUGAGAUUUGUUCAAAUUCAAGCGAAAAUACGAAAACGUCUUUUCUUCGUGUGAGACAAAAAAAAAUAAAUUUGUCGUGCAGAGUUAAGAAGAAAAAACCCGUAAAACCUGUAGAAAUUGAUCUGGGAGAACAACCAUUUGACGAGGAAGAUGAGUUGGCCUACUUGAAGUAUCUCAUACAAAAGAAAAACUUGAAUCGUCCCAUUGAAUAUGAAGUACGUGACAUAAAAGGUACCGAGCAAACAGUUGCGAAGGAUUUUAUCAUGGAAAGUCCGUUCAGUCAUUUAUUUAACUUGCAAAAGCAUCGCGAAAAAAGUCCUGUGAAAAAACUCAUUGAUAUCUCACCAACAUGGCAUGCCAUUUUAAAAAAACAUAAAAAAGAUUAUGACAAAUGGAAAAAAAAUCCCCGCGGAGAGAUUUAUUGGGAGCCAGGUGAACGUUUCAACAAAGAAAGAAUAGUUUUGCUUCCGCCGAAAAUAGAGAAAGUCACCGAACUUAGCGAUUACGAAAAAGAACGCAUUGCCAAGAAAAGAGCCUUUUGCACGCGUAGGCUGGCUGCCGAGAUGAAAUACAACGAGUCGUCAAAGAAGGAAAUGUUCAAUGCACUAAAAUCACUCAUCGAUAUUGAGAGGGAAUUCCACCAUGACAAGAAGCUACCACUUGAAGACACCGUGCCAGAUCAACCAGCCGAAUUUCCAACGUCGCAUUACGAAGAAUUAUUGGCGAAAGAGAAAAAAAUAAGGCAAGAAGCAACGAUUCAAUCAACGAUUCUACAAGAAACAUUAGCAAAAAUUAAAAGAAAGAAAAGUAAAUCGUUGUUACUGAAAAAUUUUGAGUGUCGAAAAGAUUGCACUCAUGACGACGACGAAGACGAUUAUCGUGCAAGUCUCGCAGAGGAUGCGCCAGAUGAGGAGGAUGAAAACAAAUCCGCGAUUGUAAAGAAAAAUAUAUCAUUGUUGAAUUCAUAUUCGAGUUGUCUGAAAGAUAUCGGUGAAUGGAAAUGUCUGACCAACAUUAUACAAAAUAUAAUUAGAAACUCUCUAAAAAAUCAAAUAAGUUAUCUGGCUGAACAAAUAAUAGUACAGGACAAAAAAAGCGUCGCAUCUAAGAAUGCCAGCCAGUUGGCAGCUCCACAUGUCCAGAAGUUCAGUGAAAAGCUUUGCGUUUGCUACUUCAGACAUUUGCUGGUGCAGGAAUCCAAUAAAAAUAAAAUUUUCAAAUCCGUUUUAGAGUCUAUGAAUGAAAAUCUUCUUAACGGAAUACUUGUCUUCAUUGGACAAGGGUGCACUAAUUUGAACAGCAUGUUAUCGUGGGAGCUGUCCACUUCUGAUUAUAAAUACACUGGACUAAACGAAACUCUUUUAAAGGAAGAAGAUAUGUGGCCUUUUGUUGCUAAUUGGGAAGAUUUUUUUAAACAACCGAAAAAAUUGCCACUGACAUUAAGAGAUGAUUUUGGUCGUGCAAUAGAUUUCUUCAGUGACCUCGAAAACCAGGACCCAAUGUGCAGCACUGUCGAACCUCUCCAACCGAUAAACUUGAUGAAAAUUGAGAAUAUUUGGCAGGACCUGCCUUCAACGCAAGAUUUGGUGGGAAACACCGAAUUUUUUGAACAGCCUGUUAAGGAUAUGAAACUCGUGUUAAAAGUUAAAGAUUUAGAUCCAAAUAUUUUUAAUCUGUUGGAAAUUAAAAAAACUGCGGAAGAGAUAACUAACUCUACUAUAAAAGAUCUCAAUCUAAUUGAGAUGUUCAGCAAUUUCUCAAAAGAUGUAGCAAACACAAACUCAGCAAUUUUGUCGCAAAACUGGGGAAAGGAAAAAAUUCAAGCGCUCUUCAUUGACAGCCAAGAAAGCAUCGAAACAAAUAAAGUUAGAAAGUCACUUGCCGUUGACCUUGCCAACACGAUGGAGGCCGAGGCACCGGACAGUCUGAAAAAACCUGGCCUUCACAAUAUGGUCCAUAUAGAGGAAAGUGACUCCUCGUCAAAUCAAGAUAUGUCAGAAAUGAUUGUUAACAGAGACAAACAAACGCAGAGUGAAACAGCCUUGAAAGAUGAGGAACCUGCCUUCCGACAGAACAGAUUGAAUACGCGUUCAGCUACCCAACUCGCCGCUACGCUACAACCCCUCCUAUCAGCUCUCAACUCCAAAAAUGCAUCCCUCUUCUCUUCAAACCUCAUACAGAAAGAUAUCGAUUUUAAAGCUAUGACGGGCCAGAAUGUGAAAGUAACCUUGUCCAUCAAAACCGACAAGGAAGCCGAUAAUACGUACAAGAAGCGAAAAUUUUUGAUGGAUCAAAGACGAAGCAGAAAAAUUAAUCUUAUGUUGAACAUGGAGAUGAUGGGACGGGCCAGUCAUUCCAACAUCAUCUCCGACCUGAACACUCCAAGAAGUAUGAAAAUGUUUAAGAAACCCUCACUCAAGAACGACGACGAAGCGUCGCAAGCAGACGAAGGCAGCUCAACUUCCGUCGUCGACGCCAUUAAGAAUCUCACGCCUAGAUCAACACAACUCGCUUUCAACAUCCUCUACGACAAACUCAGCAAAUUAACAAAUAGCGAGAAUCAGAACUUUGAAUUGAAGUCUUCCAGCUUGUUCGCUCUCAAUCCCUCAUUUUCGCAGUACGCUGAGUCAACAUUCAGCCUACCAGUACCUCCUCCUACUACAAAUCAUUCCCACAUUUCCAGAUCCUUCUUGUCAGAGAGGGGAUCGAUUUCAGAGAUAGCGAGAACAAUGGCGAAGAACAAAGCGAUCAAGCCGAUAGACGUGAUCAAACUGUUGGAGUACCACCAAAAACUGAUGGCUGCUCUGAGUGACGCCAAUUUCUCGAGAGAUACCACGACGUCUCAGAGUCUCAACAUCAUCAAACCAUCUACAAAAGUUGUUGUCUAUCCCAGCGACGGUACAACGCAUGCCGUCGAUAGCAGUGAUGCAACUGAAGAUGCGGCAAAUUAUGUUGCGAUUAAUGUCGCGAAUGAUGUUGUUGCGUAUAGUGUUGCAAAAAAUGUUGCAAAUGAUGUUGCGAUUUAUAAGACGAAUGGUGCUGCUCCCGACGAGGCUACUAAUGAUGUUGGAGAUGAGGUUGUUGCGGAUGAGGAUGAAAAGAAUGACGAUGCCGUCUCAUAA